AUGUUCCGUGCGGUGUUAUUAGUUGCUUUGGUUCCGGCCCUAGUUUUUGGAAAUGUGACUCGCGUUUGUACCGGAAAUCGUCCGCAUCCAAUCAGCGUCGAUGUGUUGGGUUGCACCAGCCCACCUUGCGAUUUGGUCCGGGGACAGGACGUUAUUGCUUACAUUGACUUCACCACUGAUCGUUCCGUCACAUCGAUGACCACGGUUGCCACCGCAACGGCGCUCGGUGUUGUAACGGGCUACCCGCUGGGAUCGAAUGCCAUCACGUGCAAUUUUCUGCAGGGCUCUAGUUGUCCGUUGAGCGCGAACGAAGACGUCACCUACCGUUUGACCAUGCCCAUCCUGUCGAUUUAUCCUCUUGUUAGCCUUAGCAUCGAGAUCGAUGUCAUCGAUCAAAACAACCAGUCUGUCACCUGUUUCGUGGUGGACGCUCAGGUCGUUGCUCCAUCGAAGUAA